AUGCCCUACUUAUUCCAAACAAACUUGAAGCAUAGAAACAAAAGAAGAACAAUAUCAAUCUUUGUGAUGGGAGAUUUGUGUCAUUCACCUAGAAUAUGUUAUCAUGCUUUAUCUUUCAGUUCAAUUGAUUAUAAUGUGAAUUUAUGCGGAUACGUGGAGUCGGAACCACCUUAUGAAAUUAUUGAUGAUAUAAAUAUAGACAUAAUACCGAUUAAAGUGUUGAAGAAUAAAAAGAAUUUACCUUUCAUAGUGUUUGCAGGGUUUAAAAUGUUCAUUCAGAUUAUACAAAUUUGGAAGAUUAUGUGGAAAACAAGAAAAGAAGUUGAUUAUGUCUUAAUUCAAAAUCCCCCUUGUAUACCAAUUUUAUUAAUAAUUUUGAUAUUUAAAUACACAAUAAACAACCAGUUGAAGAUAAUAAUAGACUGGCAUAAUUUGAAUUACACAAUCUUGAAUCUACGUUAUCAAAACUUGAAUAACCCAUUUGUUGUAAUUGUUCGAAAAUAUGAGGAAAUAUUGGGAAAAUUUGCUAAUUUAAAUAUAACUGUGACGAAACAAAUGAAGAAAUUUUUGGUUGAACAAUUCUGUUUUAAUAAAUCUAAAGUAGUGACACUUUAUGACAGACCAGGAAAACAAUUUCAACCUAUAGCUGUAACCGACAGAAAUUACAACCAUGAGGUUUUCACAGAUAUGAAUGAUUUACCUGAAAGGAAAAUAUUGGUUAGUUCUACAUCUUUCACGCCAGAUGAAGACUUCAACCUUUUGUUGAACGCAUUGAAAAAAUAUGAAGCGGAUUCAGAAACUCCCCCGAUUUAUUUGAUUGUUACAGGAAAAGGACCAAUGAAAGAAGAAUUUCUUAAAACAGUUGAUAAAUUAUCAUUUUCGUCAAAAGUAAUUAUAAGUACAUCCUGGUUAAGUUCAGAAGAUUAUCCAAAAAUACUAGCAACAGCAGAUUUAGGUGUCUCAUUACAUACAUCUUCAAGUGGUAUAGAUUUGCCUAUGAAAAUUGUAGACUUCUUUGGAUCUGGUAUCCCAGUAGUAUCCUUGAACUUUCCUGCCAUAUCUGAAUUAGUCAAGGAUGAAGUAAAUGGAUUGGUUGUCAAAAAAUCAAGCUCGAAUGAGUUAUUUCGAGCGAUAAAAUCAGUUUUCACUAAUGAUGAGCUUUUAAGAACUUUGAAAGAUGGAGCUUUAAAUGAGAGUAAAUCUAGAUGGGAUGAAAAUUGGGCUAGAGUAUUGAAACCAAAAUUUGGUAAUAAACAAUAA